UGUAUAUAUUUUAAGUCACUGGUUUCAACUGGCAUAACGGAGACUGCAAGAAUUGAAGACAAAAUGGUUCGCACUUGUGUGUAUCCCGGUUGCGGCAGGGAAAUGAGGAAAUACUACCCUGAAAGUUUUCACAGGAUACCUCUACAUGACGAAGUCUUCAGGCUGUGGCUUGAUGUGUUGCAACUUGAUGUCAACACACCUAUCCCCACACUGAAAGAGCAGGAUUACCGUGUGUGUAGUGCACAUUUUGACCCAGAUGACUUCAUCCCUGACAGAGGCCAAGCUCAGCCAAGGAAAAAAACUCGUCUGCGGAGAGGUGCCAUACCAAAAGCGGCGCAACUUGAACCCAUGGAGACCACAGCCAGUGAUGUCACCAGAUCCACCAAUGUGCCAAGACAAGUUCUGUCCAGUCCACUCCCUAGACCACCAGCUACUGGAGCACACCCGCUUCUCUGGAAGCCAGCAGAGACCACAGCCAGAUCCACCCGUGUCCCAAGACUAGUUCUGUCCAGUCCAUUCUCCUCCUCAUCCUCCACACGGCAGACACACAUCAGGCAACCAGCUACUGGAGCAGGACCUCUUCUCUGGAAACAAGCCGUGUUGGAUGAUGGGCCGUCCUCUCCUGUUGCCAUGCCAACCCCUGCUGAGAGUCCCCCGAGUCUGCUGCUAACGGUGUGUGGUCGUGGAGUAUCCAACGAGGUGUCGGUCCAGACAGCAGCAGGAGAGGAGGAGAUAAAAGAGGAAGAGGAAGAGCUUCAAGGACAUGGUUGCCCAGGUGACACCAGAGUUCUAAAGUUCUACAUGGUUGUCCAGGUGACACCAGAGUUCUAA